AUGCGUCCGCUACUGAGAUUGCGAUCUGGUCUAGGCCUGGGGCUUGGUCCCGUUGUCGGUCUUGCUCUGCCUCGUACUGGCAAACGCUGCAUCGCCUCUAGCGGCAUUGCCGUCCCACCAGUCGACAGGAACGGCCAAACGACGGCGACGAAGACGACGCCACCAGUGCCGCUCUACCCAGUGCCGCGGCGCCCUGUAUCGUUUGCUGGCCGCUCUGCUAUUGUCACAGGAGGCAGCCGUGGUAUCGGCUGGGCCAUUGCCUGCCGGCUCGCACUCGAGGGCGUCUCUUGCACGUUGGUUGGCCGCGAUGAGGCUGCGCUGCAGCGGGCGGUCGAGGCGCUGCCCCGGCCGGCGCCAGGCCCAUCGAUUGGCAUAGGCAGCAUUCCUUCCGUUCCAGGCGUCACCGCCGGCUCCGAUGUCAAACACUGGCACAUGGCCGGCGAUGUGCGUGAGAGCAGCCUCUGGGGCGCGCUGUUUGCCAAUACAGCCGACGUGCAUUUUCUCGUCAACGCGGCCGGCGUAUCUCAGAGCACGCUGCUAGCUCGCAUGAGCCCGGCCGACAUCCGCGAUGUGCUCGACGUCAAUCUUUACGGUACCAUCUCGGGCUGCCGCUCGGCCAUGCGCGCCUGGCUCAAGAAGCGCAGCAAAGACCGCUGCAUCCUCAACAUUGCCAGUCUGCUUGCCGUUCGCGGCGGCUAUGGCGCCACCGUCUACGCUGCAUCCAAGGCUGGCGUCGUUGGCCUCACCAGAGCCCUGGCAGAAGAAGGUGCUGGACGGCGCAUCCGUGCCAACGUCAUCCUCCCCGGCUAUAUCAACACGGACAUGAUUGCAAACAUGUCCGAACGCCAAGUUGCAGAUAUGAAAACCCGCAUCCCGAUGGGCCGCUUCGGCACGCCCGAUGAGGUGGCCGAUGCUGCCAUCUUCCUGGCCAAAAACAGCUACGCCAAUAACUGCGUGUUGAACCUGGACGGCGGCCUGAGUGCCGCAUCGUGA